UCUCACAGCUCAGCAUCUCCACUCUCACGUUGCGUAAACCCACCGGUCUGAUCCUCCACAGAGGCACCAUCCAGUCCAUCUGUGGCACUUGUGGAAAAGAUUUGAAUCACAGAUACCGCUAGAGCCUGCUUGAAAAAUGGCCUCCAGGUAAGAGUUGCGAUGAUCCAGACCCGACCCUUAGCAGAGAUGAAUGUGUCUGAUGAAUCCUCGUACCAAGAGGAGGUGCUGCUGGGUAACUCUACCUGGGGCUACUCCUACUAUCAUCAAAACUACACCUUGAUCCCUCCACUAUCAGAGAAGGCUAGCACCUCCAAACCUGCAGCAUGCGAGCAGGUCCACAUCGCUAUCGAGGUCUUUCUGAUCCUGGGUAUCAUCUCACUGCUGGAGAAUAUUUUAGUCAUCACAGCCAUAGUGAAGAACAAGAACCUACAUUCCCCCAUGUACUUCUUUGUCUGCAGUUUGGCAGUAGCAGACAUGCUGGUGAGUGUGUCCAACGCCUGGGAGACCAUCAUCAUUUAUCUCCUAAACAACAGACAGCUGGUGGUGGAGGAUCACUUUAUCAGGCAGAUGGACAACAUGGUGGACUCCAUGAUCUGCAUCUCUGUUGUUGCAUCCAUGUGCAGCCUGCUGGCCAUUGCUGUGGACAGGUACGUCACCAUCUUCUAUGCACUGAGGUACCACAACAUCAUGACGGUGAGGAGAGCUGGCUGUAUCAUCGGGGGAAUCUGGACCUUCUGCACUGGCUGCGGAAUUGUCUUCAUUAUCUACUCAGACUCCACUCCUGUGAUCAUCUGCCUGAUCUCUAUGUUUUUUGCCAUGCUGCUUAUCAUGGCCUCCCUCUAUAGUCACAUGUUCAUGCUCGCUCGCUCGCACGUGAAGCGCAUUGCUGCCCUGCCCGGCUACAACUCCAUCCAUCAGCGCACCAGCAUGAAGGGGGCUAUCACACUGACCAUCCUUCUGGGGAUUUUCAUCGUCUGCUGGGCUCCCUUCUUUCUCCACCUCAUCCUGAUGAUCUCUUGCCCACGGAAUCUCUACUGCGUGUGCUUCAUGUCCCACUUCAACAUGUACCUCAUCCUCAUCAUGUGCAACUCAGUGAUUGACCCGCUGAUCUAUGCCUUCAGGAGUCAGGAGAUGAGGAAGACGUUUAAGGAGAUCAUCUGCUGUUACAGUCUGAGAAACGUCUGCACGAACAUCUGCGCUCUGACUGAGCUCCAUACAUACCGGUCCACGGCAAUGGCCAGGAUACUGAAAAAGGACCCCAAAAAUGACAUGCACAGCAGGGAGUCUAUUGCAUCGUCCAGCGUGGUCUCAGAAGAACCUUUCUUAUUCAGGUGUCCCACAUCAGCAAACACAAUCAUGAAGUUUUCCAAGGUUUUGGUCAGGCUGGCGAUGGUGUGGAAGGCUGCCAGGCUGCAGAUGAAGCAGUACAUUGGCGAGUGGAGGUUUCUGUUCCGUAUGACAGCUACCACAACAAGGAAGUUCUCAGCAAAGCUCACUGCUCCGAUGGUGAAGAAGACGGGGUUGGGAACCACCACCUCAGGACAGUCCGAUUGGUUCAAUAUAGAGCCGUUCAUUGUUGAUCAAGACAGUGUUCGUCCAGGAUUAAAUGCUGAUUAAAGGCAGAUAUUUACUUUGGGGCUAUUUUGCAUUGUAAGUUUAUUAAGUUUACAUUAAUAUUGUUUCAAGAAUUGGUUUAAAUAUGAAUAUUUGCAGUACAUUUUAAACUGCCUUCAUUCUUACAUUUCCAAAAACAUAUUACCUGCUGAUCUGUUUUUAACAUAGAGAUCAAGUUUAAAAUGAUACCUGUGACUUAAUGAGUCCUAUAAAGGUCUCAAAAUUUAGAUUUACACACUUUGCAAUAUCCUUCAGCUUUCUUGAUGUGAAUAAUUUCAUGAAAUCAUGACAAAAAUAUUUGCUGAAAACCUAAGAAAGUCAACAAAAAGUAACAAUUGUUUUUUUUAUAGAUACAAAUUUGAAUUUAAAACACAAAUUAACUUUUUUGCUAAUGGUAUGAAACUUACUGACUAAAUUUAUGGACAGCUGCCAAACAAAACAAUGGAGCUAAACUACAAAAAUACAGGCAGCAGGUGUACAUAUAUAAAAAAGGUAAAAUAAUAAGGUCACAUGCUACAUAAUGACAAAAUAUUAAUGUUCCUUUUCACUGUCUUUCUUUUGUGUUGCUAUUAAAAAGAAUGAACAUUAGUUUAUGGUUAAUUAGAUCAGGACUGUCACAACCUUUGACCUAUAACCUAUUUAUCCAAGAGGUGAAAGACUUUGUGACUGGGUUUGUAGAAGUGCUAUAAAGAUUAAAAAUAAAUUUUAAAAAUUGAAAUAAUAACUAGUUGCAGUAGUUUUCACUAAAGAAAUAUGACCAUGUUAGGUCAGAUUUGAGCUUUUUCUUUUAAGCUAAGCUUAGACAAUAUAUCAUGUUUUAGUGAGAAAGUAAAAUUGUAGUAUACAGCUUGUUUGCAGUAAAGAAACAUUAAUGCAAGAUGAGAAACGAUAGAAGCAAAGUGGUUCUGAGUUUGGAAAUAAUUGCAAAAGUUCAUCUACUGUUACCUUAAAAUAUAAUUGAUUUUUGUUGAGUGAAAUAAAAAAAUAAAAAUAUAAAAGACCAAGAAACAAAAAUUGCUCCACGUGUUACAGCAGGAGUUUAGUCUGACCUCAGA